AUGCCCUCUUUAGGCCUAGUUCAUGCGGACACCCUCGACAUCCGGCCACCGGACUUUGGACGAAAGAACACAGGAUGCGAGGUCCGCGAGGCUGUAGAGUCAAAGCCGAAGCCAUGUACGAAGCCUUCAAGACGGAGCCAAAACGCUACAGGCAACAAACUGCGCAAUGAACAAGGCGCUCAAGCUUUCCACUGCAGAGCCAAACACCCGACGAUGAUACUCGAGGUACCUCAGAUGCCCACCACUUCAGAGCAUGCCUCCAAACCAUACCUCCAGAGCAUACCUCGUGUUGCUCUUGCCGUAUUCCACAUCACCGUUUUCGCUUUGCUUUCUCUGCUCUGCCCAUCAUCAUCAUCAUCAUCACACCCGUCAUCGGCUUCGGCCCCUAGAAGAUGCACUAGCCAGCUGUUCGCUGACGGACGACGCCUUCCCGCCCAACCGGCAUCCAUCACACACGUUGCGAUGGUCCCGUCUGCGAACUAA